CAGAAAAACUAUAUAAGACCAAAGCAAAUGGUGUGGGGCGCUUUCACAGAAAUUCGCCUCUUAAAUAUGUUAGACUCUCUAGUGGUCGUUUAGAUAUACAUUUAGUGAUUCUAGAAGACAAAAUGAAAAUCAUUUUAGUUUUACUGGCGACAGUAGCGCUAAGCGCUUCUAAUCUGCAAUUGGUAUCAGAAUGGAAUACGUUCAAGAGACGACACAACAAACAAUACAAACCUAUGGAGGAUGUAAUGCGGAAGAACAACUACUACCGAAAUAAGGAACGGAUAGCAUCUCAUAACUUCUUGUACAACCAAGGAGUAUUCAACUUCAAACUAGGCAUUAAUCAAUUCGCCGAUUGGACUGAACAAGAAUUCUACAACAUCUUCCAAUCGGCUCCGUCGACUUCUUACACAUACCACAACACAACCGAUCGCUGGAUAGGAGGGUCCUUUAGUAAAGACACUUACGGUUGGAAGGAGCGCGACAAGAGGCAGGCCACCAAAUAUUUCUCCAAAGAUUGGCGAACAGAAAGAGCUGUGAACCCGAUCCGAGACCAGACAGUUCUAGGGAAGUCACAAUGUAACGCAGGAUGGGCUUUCGCAACUGUCGCUGCUUUGGAAGCACAUGAUUCCAAAUAUCCUUCCGGAUUGCAACAAUUUUCCGAACAAAAUCUAAUCGAUUGCAUCUCCAGAGAAAUCGGUUGUGGCGGUAUGACACCGAGGAAUGGGUUUGAGUAUGUCCUGGACAAAGGAAACAUUAACAAACUAAGCAAGUAUCCUUAUGAAGGCGGUGCAAAGGAAUGUCGAUAUGAUGAGGAAGACUACGGGACGUCUGGAAUUCAAAUCGUGAACGUUAUGCCCAUGAAUGAGGAUCAAUUAUUGGAAACAGUGGCUGAAGAAGGCGUUGUCGUUGUUGGUUUUGAUCCUUUGAAUUUUUCGUUCAUGUUCUAUGCAUCGGGAAUCUAUGACGAGCGCAGAUGCAAGCAAGGAAUUUCAAAUCAGCUGCAUUACAUGAAUAUUGUUGGCUUUGAAGAUGAUCCUGAAGCUGGAAAGUACUGGAUUGUGAGAAACUCUUUUGGAACAUCAUGGGGUGAAUCGGGGUACAUGAGGGUACCAAGGGACGCUAACAUUUGUGGAAUAGCAUAUCAACCGAUAUAUUUGAUUGUUUAGUCUAUAAGUGUAUUUCUGUAAAUAUAGAAAACUGA